GGAAGAUGUACUUUAACUUGUCGGGAAUAGAAUAAUGGAAACGACUUUGUUGAAUGGGAAAAAAAUUGAGAAGGAAAAGAGUUGGCCCCAAGUUUUAGCGAUCUUAAUUGGUGCCAUAUCUGGCUUUUGUGUGGGCCUCCUCUUCGCCUGGUCAUCGCCGUUUUUAAUAAAAAUCACACAAGACAAGAUAAACUAUAACAUAACAGAAGAUGAAGCUUCAUAUUUUAACGUGAUCCAGCCCGUCUCCAUGAUCCUGUCAUGUCCAAUAUUCUCGACACUCACUGAUAUCAUCGGACGGAAACGAACAUUGCUGCUGAUCAUCAUUCCACAUAUCUGCAGUUGGCUGUGUUCGGGUUUUGCUAAAAGUGUUUACGUAUUUUAUUUAAGUAGAGUAUGUGCUGGAUUCGCUGAUGGUUGCAUUUUUGCAUCUCUACCGACUUAUGUGGGAGAAGUAGCAAAUCCAAGUGUACGAGGAACGUGGGGAAACGCUGUUUCUUUCUCCCUGUAUUUUGGAGAAUUUAUGAUUACUGUGAUUGGUAGUUAUGUUAGUGUUAGAGAAGCGUCUUAUAUAGGUAUACCCAUCUGUUUGUUAUUCUUUAGCUUGUUUUCCUUUAUGCCAGAAUCUCCAUAUUUUUAUAUAAAGAAAGGACGGGAAGAUGACGCUAAAAAAUCAUUACGAUUUCUGAAAGGAAAAAGUGAUGUAGAAGAUGAUUACAUUUCAUUAAAGAAAGACGUGGAGAGGCAAUUAUCCGAGUCAGCCUCAUGGAUCGAUGUAAUUAAAAUUAGAAGCAAUAGAAGAGCUAUAUUAGCAGGAAUUUUCAUAAGAUUUACUCAACAAACUGCUGGUCUUAACGUUUUCUACGUAUACACUCAGUUUAUUUUUAGACAAGGAGGCGGAAAUAUCAGCCAUGAACACGCAUCUAUGCUUCUCUUAGGAGUAUCUCUUAUAUUAAACAUAAUAGCCUUAACAUUCAUCGUCAAACGAUUCGGAAGACGAGUUUGCUACUUAUGGUCACUUAUCGGUACUGGUAUUCUUCUAUACAUCAUGGGAACCUACUACUAUUUGAAGGAUAACUCCACAUUAAACCUUUUAAGCUUCAGGUGGAUGCCUAUUACUACAAUGAUGGUCUACCAAGUAUUUGCAUCAUUUGGUGUUGCUACUAUACCAACUUUGAUGCUCAGCGAGUUGUUUUCGGCUAGUGUUAAGUCCAAGGCUAUGGCGAUUCUCACGAUGACUUUUGGUCUUGGUAAUUUUCUGAACAAUUUUAUCUUCUACGAGCUUAAUAGUAGAAUCGGGUUUUUCGCUCCUUUUUUCUUUUUUGCCAUUUGUAAUACAAUUGCGGCUGUGAUGUGUUUAUUUGUAGUACCAGAAACUAAGGGUAAAACACUUGAGGAGAUUCAGCAAGAAUUGAAAGGGAAAAGGAUCAUUAAAAAGUAGUUAGUAUUGUUUACUACGAUAAUUCAUUCCAGUUCUAGAUGUAUGUGUAUACUUUUCCAAUUGUUUUUAGAUUUCCCAUCCCUUUGGAUUUUUAGUAUUUUAUAGGACUACCAUCUUAAUUUGCAGAUUUAUUUUAUUGUCGUGACCCAUUCUAUCCUUACUGUAUCAGGUAUUACAAUCAUUAUUAUUAAAGAAAGAUUAUUUCGUAACUUUUUUCCCUCUAGAAAAGCUUUAUUAGCUCUUCUACUUUCUAGUUUCAAAGCUAUGUGGAUUUCGUUUCUUGGUAGUCCUUUUCUUAAUAUUUCCCUUUGAAGCUUUUUCAAUCUAAGAGCAUCCUAUGUUUUGACUAGAAAUCUAUCUACAUAGUCUACUUCAACCUCGUUUUCAUUUAUAAACAUUUUUAUAGGCAUAAGGGGUUUCUUUCGUUGAGGUUCCAUACCAUCUUUUCUUUUUGAAAAUUUUUUAUCAAAUUUUUCUUUCAAUUGAUUAGGUUUUUUAAACUUUUUACAAUCUUUUUUUCUCUGUGGUGAAUUAAAUUUAUUAUUAUUUUUUUUUUCUCUAUAUUUUUUUCAUUUGAAAUUUUUAAUUUAGCUGAUGCUUCGCCAUUUUCUACUUUUAUAUUCCCUUCUUCUUCUGUUUGCUUUUUUAAUUCAGCUUUUAGUCUCUGUUGUUUUUUCUUUUCAAUAUUUUUUAAAUCUAGUUUCGUGAAGUUUUCCUUAAUAAUAUUUUAAGAUUGAUAAGGUAGAAGCUUCUGUUUCUUGGAUUUAUCGUUCUUUCCAUUUUUGUUUAUGAUAUCUUUACUUUUGUUUUCACCUUGAGUUUUAAGCUUUCUCAAUAUUCUCACCUAUAGGAUUAAUACUUUCUAUUUUUAUUGAUACCUUUUUCUUUAUUCCUUUCUUUAUUUUAACUGAAGGAGUUAAAACUUCCACUUUGUAACUUUGUUCAUCUGGAGAAGCAUCACUAUCGUCAUUCUCUCGAGGAUUACUAACUUUUGUUUUUGGCUUACUUAAUAUUUUAUCAAGUUUUUCGUUCAAAGCUACAAAUGUUUCAUCAUUAUCUGAUAACUCAUCAUCCAUAUUGACUGGAAAAGGUUUGUUAAAUGAAUUUUGGUUAGUAUUUUCAACAAAUGAUGUAUCAUAUUGCUUAGAGACUGAUUUAUUUUGUUCUUGUUACUAGAUUGACUUUGAUCAAUUAUCAGUCUUUAAAAAUAAAUUUUUCUUCGUUCUAGCAAAUGUUGAUGGGGUUUUCUUCUGGAAAUUCUGCCUACUCUACAUGUUUACUUUAUUCCUCUUCCUCUUCUUCUAUAAAGGCUCUAUAAUAAGUAGUCUCGGACAAAUAAGAGACUACUCAGUAUUGAUAUAACUUGAAAAAUGAAACAAAAGUUUCUUACAUAAACAGCUUUAUUUUUCGAUCUUCUUCUUUACAUAUCAUCUUCAACAGAAGGUUGAUGACCAUCAUACGAUAUAUUUUUAUGAUAUGUAUUAUGUUUGCAGCUUCUGAUAUUUGGAAUUGUUCCCUUAUGCUUUCUAGAAAGGACUUGUCUUUCUGGCCCAAACCUCUUCUACUCCAAUCUGGCUUUUCACUAUAAGCUAUAGCAGAUUUUACUUAUCUGUAAAUGUACUUUAAACGUUGUUAUUAAUUUCAUCGCAUCACCUAUUCGUUUCAAUACCUCUGUAUUGGUUAUUAUAUCUUUCCAGUAUAUUUUCAGUAUACAGCAGUAUUUCUACAGCUUCCAUUUUCUUCUAUUUUUCGAUGAUGGAUUAAAAUAAUAAAAAUUUUUUGACUUCAUUCCUUCUCUGAAACAAAGACAGGCUUAACACAGAGACACAAAUCACCACAAAGUCACCAAAUUCGAUAUUAUACUUUGUAUUAAAUUUAUUCCGAAAAUAAUAAUCUGUUUCUUUUAACUCAGUAAUAUAAUAAUCAAAUAAUAAUAAGCAAAUAAUCUUAACAGAUUCAUAGUAUACAGGAGACAAUUUUUUAACACUAAAUUCUAUAUCUAGGUACACUCUUACUCUUGAGGAUGACCUGCAAUAAUGUGGUUUGCUAAAUUUCAGUGUCUCUAUACAUUCUUUAAGUUUUAUUCUGUAAAAGCUUUACCACCAAUUCUAAUAUUUAUGAUAUGAUGAUGCACGUGUUUCAUAAUACUUUUUACAAUAAAACUAUUUCGAACAUUUGGUCGAAAACUUGGUCUACUAUUGUGCUCAUAAUAUUUUGAUAGUUUUUAUGCAUAUUAUAUUAUGUUUUCUGUAUAGCCUGGAAAUUUGCAUAUUGACCUAGUGCUCUCAUCUAAAUCUGGAAAAUGAUCAAAUCCAUUUUUAUGGAUGCUUUCUUAGAUUAUUUCUUUAGUGGGUCUUUACUGCUGAAGCCUACUACUUGACGGUUUUCCUACUCUGUUCUGGUUAGUUAAUUAAUUUUUCCGCUUUCCAUAGAGCAUCGGCUAUUGCCAGUUUGGUAUCCAAAAGUGGUAAAUCAAAUUUCUUUGCUAUUCUGGCUAAUAACUAAGAGUUUAUGGCUGUUAUAAAAAUGAAAUGAAAAAAUAUUUGUUAAUAAUAUUUUUUCGACCUGAUUUUUAUACCAUAAAGUUCAAGCAUGGAAUCAAGGAAAUCUACACCUCCCAUGUAGUUUAAUUUCCGCCAAAUUUUGUUGCUUAUGUCUAUAAUAUUGUUUGACACUUCUUUUACAUAACAUAAAGUAUUAUUAUCUAAUAUUGCCACUCUUUGAUUCGUUCUUUCUCAAGAACUGGGAUCACGUUGUCUUUCCUUAACCACUGGUUGAAACUGAGGAACAUUUGUUUCCAUUUUUAAACAAAACUAAGUCAUAUAAGUACUUAUUUGUUAGGUUGUAAUUUAUAUGUACCAUAAAGCCUACAUCCAGUAAUAUUCACGUUAUGGUUAAUUGAGAAUUCUUGUAAAUGUUCUAUUUUAAAUAUUAAUGAUUGAAAGGAAAGUCCAAUUUUGCAUUCUAACCGGAGUUUUAAUUAUUAUGAUGUUAAUAAGUUAUUGCCAGAAUUAUCCACCAUUGCUCUUAACCAAAAUUUUCAUUUAUAUAACUUGUUUAACCGAAUAAUCUUACAUAUUUAACGGGUUUUGAUUAAAAAGUGGAAAUAUCUGAUUUUGAAUCUAGACCACUCACAUUUGUCGUUUAUUCAAUAGAUUGCCCUGUCCAUUAAGUCUGUAUUAUUAAUGAUUUUUUUUCUUUAUUACUCAUAUGCAUAUUACCAACUUUCUAUUAAUUUUAUUUGAAGUUACAGAUUCCAAAAAUAUUUUCACAAUUUUGUCGAUUAGUUUUAGAUAGAUAUUCCUUGUAUCUAAUAUGUAAGUAAUUGUAACUGGCUAGUGAUUGUAAUAGUUAAAAAUUUGAAGUGUAUUUCUAUAUUAAAAAAGAAUUUUUAAAUAUAGAGU